AUGAUCAUGGCGCAGGCAUUACUGCAGCAGGUGGAGCAGGCAGAGUCUAUCAUUGCCAAGCGCAUGGCAACAGGCAGCAGCGUGGCCUCUGUAACAUCAUCUCGAGAGGGCAUACUCGCUACAGUACCACUCGAUAAGAGCAUAAAACGCACCGACCUAAACGACACGUUUCUCAACUACCACAAAACCAACUACCCCGGGCAAGUGAAACUUCGCUGCAUGGGCGAACCCUGCCCGAACUUCGGCUCCUGCGGCGAAUCCUUCCCGACCGUGCGCGCCUGCUUCCGCCCGGAAUUCGCCGACGAAAUUUACUACCGCCCGGACCAGCCGGAAAACUGCCCGAAACUGUCGCACGCGAACGAGUCCGGGGAGCUAGGGGCGGAUCCUCGGUGCACUCACAAGACAGAUCACCACUGGCACGAUGCGAUGGUGUUUCAGCUGUUUGAGCUGCGCGGCAUGUUCAUCAACGUGAAUGGGCUCGUGUUCAACCGCUCCCUCCACUUCGACCGCCACGGGUGCUUCAGAGACCUCGAUUUUGACUACAAGGCGGGGGAGUCCCAGGUGAUGAAGCUGCACCGGGUGGUGUCCCUCGCAUACAACCACGCAGUGGCCUUCUACCACUCCCUCGUGGAGUUCUUCCCCCAGUUCCUCGUCCUAGCCGACCUGCUGCGCGCCAACCCCGACAUCCCCAUCCUCUUCCGCCGCAGCCAGCUGGCCUUCUACAACGAGAUGGUGAAGCACCUGGUGGGGCUGGAGACGACUCAGAUGAACCUGAUAGUGGUGGAGGACACACACCGCUCCAAGCUCAUUCACGCCGAUGUUGUCUACCAGCCCGUGUACCAAGGUUGCGGCAAGCCCAGCCCCAGUCUGUGGCGCCACCUGCGCCUCAACUAUCUCCUCCCCCCCGACGGCCUGCCUCUCUUCUCCUCCCCCUGGCGCCUCCGCUCGCACUCCCCCGGCCCGUUUUCCGAUGCGCGGGCUGCUGUGCUGCCAUCAAACUGGGUGGUGGUGAUGGCAAGGCGGCCGGGGAAUACAAGGAAGAUGGUGGGGUUUGAAGGGCUGCUGGAAGCAGUGGAAGGGUUUUUUGGGAAGGAGAGGGUGGUGAUUUUCAAUGGCUCUAUACCCAUCCUGGAAGCGCGGGCACUCUUCAACAGAGCAGCGGUGUACAUCGCAUCACACGGAGCAGCCAUGGCGAACCUGGUCUUCAUGCCCUCCGCCUCCUGUGUGCUUGAGAUCCGCCCUCGGGAAUACCUCAACGCCUGCUACCACCACUUAGCUUCUGCUUCCCAGCAAAAAUACUUUUUGGUUUUCGGGAACGGUACCAAGGACACCCCGCUCGAGUUUCACCUGCCCGACGUGCUGCCCGUGCUGAAGAAUAUCUCGGAUUACACGAUGAAGAGGGUUCGGGAGCAGGAGGAGGAUCCGCUGUUGGAAGAGGGGAGGGAGUGGGUGGAGAGAUUGGCGGAGGGAGGAGGGAAGAACGCGAGAGAGAUGGGGUUUGUCACUCCUAUAGAUGAGGGUUCAGUCAAGGAAGGGACGUUGAGCGAAGAUUUUAUCAGGGCAGAAAUGGACAAUCUGCACCUGAACAUGGGCUCGACCCACUCCCCGAACAUGCUUUCCCUCGAGUGCCCGGGCAACUCCUGCCCGGAUUUCUCGGGCAGCUGCAACGUACGGCCGGAUGCGUCUGCUUGCACGCCAGCUGCAGGAUGGAGGGACGAGGAGUUUCCAAAGCCGCCCGUGCCGGUGAACUGCCCGAAGGUGGACCGAUCGCACAUGGGGCCCGAGGGGAGGAAUGAGAGCUGCACCCAUGCUGCUGAUUUCUUCUGGUUCGAGUGGCAGAUCUUCCAGGUGUACAAGCUGCGCAACGUGUACAUCAACGACGAGGGGCUCAUGUUCAACAAGACGACGCACUUCCACCGCGAGGGCUGCAACUGGGACAGCGAGUUUGGGUACAAGAAAGGAACGAAGAUAAAGAGGAUGAAGAGGGUGGUGAACCUCGUGUACCGGCAGGCCUCCUCCUUCUAUCACGGGCUCAUCGAAUGGACGCCCCAGCUCCUCCUCCUCGCCUCCACGCUCCACACCGCCCCCACGCUUCCCUUGCUCGCACAUGCUGGCCAGCCGCUGCUGGGCAAGGACCUUUCGAAGAUUGCUCUUCUCCCAACCAACAACCCUCUCCUUCCUGCCCACUCCUUCCUGCCCACCCUCCCUGCCCACCCUCUCCUCCUCGUAACCACUCUGCAGUGGGACUUUUACCAGCACGUCGCACAGCCGCUAUUGGGCAAUGAUCUUUCAAAGUCUGCCGUUCUGAACAUUAGCGAUGGAGAGAUUUACUUUGCGGAGGAGGUCUAUGUGCCGCUGUACCAAGCAUGUGGCAAGGCCAGCCCGUCCAUUUGGACGGACAUUCGCCACCGCUUCCUCUUGCCGCCCAAAGGCCUCCCGGUGUUCCGCAACAACCAAUGGGACGUGCGCCACGUCAGCACCCUCAAUUCCGCCAAUGCCUCCGUGAUCCCCCCUGAUUGGCUCGUCGUGGUCGCCCGCCGCCCGGGCACCAAGAGGGCGCUGGACAAGUUUGAUGCACUGCUGGAGUCUAUAAAGAGGAUAUUUGGCCACACGCGCGUGCAAGUGUUUGACGGGUCGAUUCCCAUCCUUUCCGCACAAAAACUCUUUAGGCGGGCUCGCCUCUUUGUGGCGGGUCACGGGGCAGCCAUGGCCAACAUGGUCUUCAUGCCAGCCAACGCUACAGUGCUCGAGAUUCGCCCCGAUAAGUACGAGAACGCGUGCUAUCACCACCUGGCGUACGCAUGCGAGCUCCGGUAUUAUCUGACGUUUGGCAAGGGGGACUUCGAGAGCCAGGUUCAGGUUGACUUGGGGGAGGUUUCUGGGAUCUUGCAAGGGAUCAAGGAUGGGUUUGCUCCUCUGCCAGGUGAAGAGCACCCGGAUUUUAGCUAG